GGAACGUCUGUUGCUGUCAGUGCUGCCACAGCACGUCGCGAUGGAGAUGAAAAAUGACAUAAUAUCGCCGGUCGAAGGUCAGUUCCACAAGAUAUACAUCCAGAAACACGAGAACGUGAGGUCAGCUUGCAAGAAUGCUGUUAAUCUGAGCAUAUAUUUUUAAAUCAUCGGCAAACAACAGAGAAGGACAGGUUAAACAGUUAG